AUGGGUAGGAAGAGGCUUGCCUGCCUGACGGCGUCCUUGCUCCUGCUGGUUCUUCUUGUGGCCAUGGCAUCUACCUCGCAGUCCCUCGAGACUGAAGGAUUGCAGGUCCGGCUGGACCCCGGCUGCCUGAGGAUAGGAGUGGCUCCUGCUGAAUUUAGCAUCUCACCAUCACCAUCACCGUCGCCACAGCCCUGCACUUCCCCCAACUGGACCAUCGACGUCUCGGACGUCAGAACAAUCAAGGUGACCAACAUACCGCUCUCGGCGACCGCGGAGAACAUGAAGGAGUUCUUCUCCUUCUCCGGCGAGAUCGAGUACGUUGAGAUGAGAAGGGACUCGGAGACGUCUCAGGUAGCUUAUGUCACCUUCAAGGAGUUCCAUGGAGCGGACACUGCUCUGCUCCUCUCCGGAUCAAGCAUGUGUGGCGAUGUUCCUGUGAAUAUCACACCAGUGGAAGAUUAUGAACUGCCUCCGGAAGCCUACUCCUCCAGCACAGAACCCGGGAUCAUCAGCUCGGCGCCGGGGACGCCGACGACCGGGGCGGCGGUGAGGAAGGCGGAGGACGUGGUGAGCACGAUGCUGGCGAGGGGCUUCGUGCUGAGCAAGGACGCGCUGCGGCGCGCGCAGACCUUCGACGGGCGGCACCACCAUCUGCUGUCGUCGGCGACGUCGCAGGUGGCGUACCUGGACCGCCGGCUCGGGCUCAGCGACAAGUUCAGCGCCGGCACGGCGGCGGCCCGCGGCGCGGCGCGCGGCGUCGACGAGCGGUUCCAGGUCACGGAGCGCGCCUGGGGCGCGUUCGCCGCCGCGGGGGAGGCCGUGGCGGGGUCCCCCUACGCGUCGCGCGGCGCCGCGUGGGUGUCGGCGGCCGUGGGCGCCGUCGCCAGGGCCGCGUCCGACGUCGGCGCCAUGACCAUGGAGAAGGUGGGGAGGGCCGAUGGGGACGGCGACGGCGACGGUGGCGCGGCGGAGGCGGAGCAGCAGGCGCGCGUCGACGUGCAUGACGCGCGUGCGGGCGGCGGGGCUCGGCAAGGAGAUGGACAUGACCACAAAGGACAAGGCAGUGUAGAAGUAUAA